AUGAUCUUAUUGGGCUUUAUCGUUGUGGUGUUAUGGGCCCUGUGGGGUCUGCACCGCCUGCUCGUCUAUCGUGCGCAUCGCUUUACGGGAAAGACUGUUCUCAUCACAGGGGCCUGCUCGGAGUUGGGGGCCUGUCUUUGCCAUCGCCUGUACGCGCAAGGGGUGAACCUCAUCGCGUGGGAUUCGAACCUCCCCGAUCUCGAGCGUCUUGAAAAGGCGCUGCGGAGCUCCCGCGGGUCCCUUUCGGGCGCGGAGGGUGAUGGCUCCCUCAACCCUCCCCAAUCCCCUCACAGGGAAAGGGAAGGGGGGUCGUUGACGAUUGCAAUGGUGAGUUUAACCUCCCCCGCCCUCGUCCAGCGCGCGGUGGAGGAGUUCAAAGGGCCCCUCGACGUCGUUUUUCACACGGCGCUGGGGGCUUUCCCGCGGCCGUCCCUUUCCCGCACGCCGGACGCGAUCGGCGGACUUCUUCUCGCGAACGCCGCGGCCCCGCUCAGCCUCGCGAAGCUGCUUCGCCGCCGCGAAGGCGGUCAUUUUGUGAGUUUCCUUCCUUUUCCAGGGGUGGAUGAGGAAAACCCGGAGCUCGCGGCCUCGCACUGGGCCGCUGUGGGGAUGCAUUAUAGUAUUCGCGCGUGGUUGAAAAACGAGGAAAAGCCGCCGCACGGGGCUGGGCGGGUCUAUACCACCCUCGUUUAUCUCCCCGCCUGGAAGGCGGAGGUCGGGCGGGUUUCGAAGAGGCCAGUCGGGCUCUCGGAUGUUGAGAGUUCGCGCGUGGCGGAAGGGAAUGCACAUGAGACCAAAGUGCUCAAUGCCGAGGUGGAUGCUGCCCUCUACGCUGUUGCUCGACAUGAGGAAAGCUACAGCGGACGACAGGGUUGGCUGAUGAUUCUGCGCGCCAUGAUGCUAAUGACCUUGCCAUUCCCAUGGCAAACAUCGUUAGAUAAAAUCUGUCGUCAGGUAAAAAGACCCCAAAGGUCAAAGAAUGCAUAA